ACACGCAUCCCACAGCGAGGGAAGAGGCAGAGAGCAGGCAAGGCAGAGAGGGAGCGAGGGUAGAGAGAGAGAGAUCCCCAAAGCAGCCCUGCACCUCUGAGCUGGAAGCUGCCAGGGCACAGCCAGCAUGUUGGUCCUCAGCCCGCUUGUCUGGGGAUCUUACCUGCAGCUUGUCUUCUGCUUUGCUUUAUCUCAGACUGCGUACGUUGACAAUGUCUUCUCAGUUUCAGCAGAUCUCCCUUGUUUGGAACAGAAGAAACAGCUCAACCUCAGAGCGUGCUGCCUCCUCAUCCCUCCUCCACCGCCCCUGUUCCCACCACCGUCCUUCAGGCAUGGCUGGAACACUAAACUCCUUGCCCUGGAUAUGAAAGAGUUGUGUCAGGAGCUCCCGAUAAUACAGGCUUCCUCUCUGCCCAAAUCAUACUGCCCAGCAGGGCCACCUGGCCCCCAGGGCCCACAAGGAAUUCCUGGUAUAAUGGGACCAAAAGGCGAGAAAGGGGAAAUUGGCAGGCCAGGAAGAAAGGGUAGACCAGGUUCCCCGGGCGUUCCUGGAAUGCCGGGACCAAUAGGAUGGCCUGGACCUGUGGGACCGAAGGGUGAAAAGGGAGAGUUGGGUGUGAUGGGAUUGCCAGGUACAAGAGGACCAAUGGGCUCCAAGGGUUUUCCUGGAACUAGAGGAGAAAAGGGAUCCAGAGGUGACAGGGGUGAUAAAGGAGUCAAAGGAGACCAGGGAGAAAUAGGCUUCCCUGGAAUGCUGGGACAAAAAGGAGAGAUGGGCCCGAAGGGACAGUCUGGAGUACCAGGACACAGAGGACCUAUAGGAAGACCCGGAAAACGAGGCAAACAAGGGCUGAAGGGAGACAUUGGACCUGCAGGUAUCAUGGGUCCACCUGGAAGGCCUGGUCCUUCUGGCCAGCCAGGCCCCCCUGGACCUUCAGGAUCAGGACAAUUUGCAGUAGGACCAAAAGGAGAAAGAGGACUUCCAGGGCCUCCGGGGAGAUGUCUCUGCAGAUCCCCACAACACAUGAGUCACCCACCAUAUGAGGAAUCUGUGUUUGGACACAGUUAUCCUAAAGUCCCUGCGAUUUUUGUGGUGAAUAAUCAAGAAGAAUUGGACCGGUUAAACACUGAAAAUGCCUUAGCUUUUAGAAGAGAUCAGAGAUCUUUGUAUUUCAAGGAUACCUUUGGAUGGCUCCCAGUCCAGCUAUCCCCUUUCUAUCCCAUGGAUUACCGCUUUGAGGAUGGCGAUACUUGUGGAGAUGGGAUUGUACAGGAUGGGGAAGAGUGCGAUGAUGGCAAUACGGUUGUGACCGAUGACUGUAUAAGAUGCCGCCGUGCUUACUGUGGAGAUGGCUAUAGACAUGAAGGGGUUGAAGAUUGUGAUGGAAAGGAUUUUGGAUAUUUGACGUGUAAAACAUAUCUCCCUGGGUCUUAUGGAAGAUUGCGAUGCACUUCUUACUGCUACAUCGACUCUACACAGUGUCGAUACUUCACAUGAGGGGAGCGGAGGUGGGUAGCAUCCCACACGCAGUGGGGUGCUAGGUGCUACACUAUCAUCUAUCCAAGAAGGACUGGGACAAAAAAAACCCCCACCCACCUCUGUGUGAAAGCAAACAAAGAGACAUCAUGCUGCUGAUGGCCAUUUUGAGAUGUUUUUCUUUUUCUUUUAAAAUUUAGCCAGAUUGGGAAAAAAUAGGACCACUGCAUCCUGUCUUAAUAGAGAAAUGUCAAACGGUGUUUACCAGUAAGAAAGACCUUUAUGUGGCUGUGGGUGGCAUCUCACACUCCAUCAAUCACAAAUGUCAUGUUAAGCUACUGGAAACUGAGUUUUUCACUAACCAGGAAUAUCGUGUAACAAUAUUACCUCGAUUUAGCACUGUUAAACCUACAGGUAAGCUCUUCAGGGUUUCUGUCUUUAAACCUUCUCAGCAUAAACACAAAGCGUAUCUUGGAUGCGGUGUUUAUAGAGACUUUCUCUUUUUACAAUGUGAACUUUGCAAGUUGAGUGAUGGAUUCAGCGACAUUAAAGGGUAGCUAUACACCUUCGUGGGUUGAAGGAGCAGAUGCCCUUCAGUAAAUGCUUUCAGGAUCAGCAAAUCAGCCAAAAAAGCUCGUUAACAAGGCUCUGUGUGUCUGUGUGCAUGCAUGGCAAUGCAAUCACAGGAGGCCUGAAACUGCAGACCACCAAGGCCAAAAGGACAAAUAAACUGUGACGUAACCAAGGAGCUCUUUCCCAGGAGAGGAAUCAGACAAGGAGGGAAGAUGAAGAAGGAACAUGUUUCCAUAUUUUUCACCUUUGUGCUGAGCUGGCUGUGCUCUGCUUGACCCCGAAGGGGGUGGGACUGCAUUGGUCACCUGCCUGAAACUACACCAUGACUACGUACACACCGCCUUCACUCUGGUUUAUCUACUGGAAGGUCUUCUCGUUUUCAUCCCCUUGUCCACCCAACCAUCAUCAUUGAAUCCCGGUUACACCCUGUCCUCUCUCUAUCCCACUCACUGUUUCCGCCAUUGUGUCUGGGGUACCCCUCCGUGUACGUUCUUACUUUUGUAUCGCUGUAAAUCAGACUUUGGAGUAGGGUGUUUAUGGAUGCUCAUACAUGCUGUGUAAUAUACAGUGUAAUAUACAUGUAUUUUUGUUUUUCAGAAAGUUUGUUCAACUAUAUUAGCUCUGAUAGGAGUCAGGGUAAUUAUAUACUUAUUUAUUAGUAAGCAUUAAAGAGCGACUUUCAUAUGGGAAGUGUAUUAAAUGUUACGUGUGAAAGAGUCUAUAACAGAGGAAAAUGAAUCAAUGGAUGUGCAGAAUUCAGGACUAGAAGCCUCAAAUCAAGGUGUUAUUUUCAUACAAGCCACUCUUUUCUGCUUCGCGAUCAAUGCUGCACACGACUGUUUGAAAUGCGAGAGUUAUCUGUACCGGUGACAGCACUGCAACAGCUGCACUCACACUGGUAAUACUGUAAAGGUUAAAUAAAGGUGGAUGUUGUGUUGUAAUGAUAACGCAUUAAAGCAAUCAAGAAAUGCAUACAACUUUCACCACCUGUAUAGAAGACUCCAACUCUUCGUGUCCAAAGUGAUACUGGAAAUCAUCAAUUAAAAAAACCCAAAACAACCAAAACAACAAAACCCACAGUUGGUGUACUCUUUGUGGCUGUCACUUACCUGAGCUAUUUAUGUUGCUAUGAAGCCAGGCCAACAGCAUUUGUAGCCCAGUUCAAAUUUUUUCAUCUUGUUGCUUUUCUUCUUUUUAAACAGACGUCUUAAUAACAGGCCAAGGAACCACUGGGGCAAGGAGCUUGCCCUAAGCUCUGGAAAUCUGGGUGCUAGCACAGCUGCCUUUCAAUUUCCCCUUGUGCUGUGAUGGGUUCCAGCAGCGUCACACUAUGCAGUAGCACGUAUCCCGGCAGAAGGCUCCAAAGGACAGCUGUGCUUCCAGCAGCACAUCUUGCUGGCCAAUCCUUCAGAUGAACCUCUGGCAACAUCUGCCUGGUGUUACCAUCCUGAGCUUGGAGACUUUUCAUCUGAACCCCUCACCUUCUCCAAGGAGUUCAUCUCUGCUCCCCAAAAGGCUGGAGUCUUUGGGAAAAUUGGUGAUUCCAGUGGCCUUUCAUCUUCAGGUUGAAGUCACAUAAUUUUUAAAAGCUCCUACCUCCAAAGGACAUUGAGUUGCAAAGCAAAGCGCAUAGAAGGUAGGGAAUAUAAACAGGAGAUCUGAUCAUAUAGUAAAAUUGUACUGUGCUGCACAUGUUCAGGAAGGGGCAUAUUGGUCUGGUCAGAAAACAUUCACAAAGCAUGGAUUUUAAAUGGACUUCAUUAAUUCAGCAUCUGAACAGAAAGAAAGCAGCAUAAGAUAUAAGGGGGAAAAAAAGACCUGAAACAAGUUUCUCUGCCAUUACUGUCAUGUUUCCCUCAGAUGACAAAGCAUGAGGAAGAUAUCUGGGAAGGUGUUAAGUAUAUAUGAUUUAAAAGGCUGCAAAAUAAAUCCUUCCUCCUUAUUUCUGACAUACUGCUUUAUCAUUAAUUGGGGAUUCUUCAGCUGGACAGUGCCUGGUCUGCUGUGAAUUAUCUUCCCUCCUGCUCUGAGUUUCUUAACAUGUUGUGCCAAGACUGGUUCAAAAGUUAAUUGGGGUAUUGCAGUUCCUUGGCCUUUUGGAGCAGCAAAUGCUUGUGAGAGAGUUUUUUAAGUGAUUAGUAUGCAGCUCUAGAGAAAUACAAAACCAGUAUGAUUUUACACCAUGCACUGUAUUAAAUGUCUACUAAAAAUCCAGCUUGCACUUAAUAUAUAAUUAAAUAUAUGUAGUUACCUACUGUGUGUAUUA